AUGGUACCAAUUUAUCGACUCUGGAGGGACGAAAAGCUUGCUUCGCCUUUCUUUGGGGACCUUCGGCAUACUUACAACACCUGCUCUCUGCGCAAAGACGACUUGUUACUGUAUGCUACACUUCUGCACUUUUUUCCACCCUCUACUCUUCAUUAUGGAAUUUCAUGUCUGUAUAUUGAAUUCAAUGGACCUUAUGUCAUUUACAAGUUCAAAUAA